AAGACCGAGUUCCCGCUUCUCCUUCCGGGGGCGAUGCUCAGCCCCGCGGGAACACCCGAAAAGGGCCCUUGCCGCUUUAAGUGACUCAGGAAGUGAAAGGAGAGCGGCUGACAGCUAAGGGAAAGUGGAACCGGGGCGGCGCGGGCCCGCGGCGGCCGCGAUCUAGCCCGGCGGCGGAGACCGUGCUGCGCGGCGCGGGGGCCGACGGGGCGCGGACGGCCGCGCCGGAAGUGGCGCGUGAAGGGGACAAGGCGCAGAGUGACGCCAAGCGGACCAGGCCAAGCCGCGCCAGGUCCUACGCUACGGUCCCGCUGGGGCCCUCAGGCCUCAGCUCGGCAGACGCGGCACGGCCCAGCCCGGUAGGCGGAGGCUCCCGGGCCAGCGACGACGUGCGUGAGGAAACAGCGGGCGGGGAAGGCGGCGAGUGCACAGGCCGCUAGGCCUCGGCCGCGUCCAGCAGCCACAUGGCCUCCGGAGUGGGCGCGGCCUGUGAGGAGCUGCCUCCCGACGGCACGUGUGACGAGUGUGAGCCCGACGAGGCGCCCGGGGCGGAGGAGGUGUGCCGUCAGUGCGGCUUCUACUACUGCCGCCGCCACGCCGACGCGCACCGCCAGAAGUUCCUCAGCCACCACCUGGACGAGUAUGUCCAUGGCGCCCAGGCCUGGGCCCCGCCAAUAGGCGGGGACGACGCGGCCCCCGAAGAUGCCGAGGCCAAGGAGGAGCCCGAGCGCGAGGUAGAGAGCGAGGCCGGGGAGGAAGAGAGCGAGUCGGAGGAAGAGAGUGAGUCGGAAGAAGAGACCGAGACGGAGGAAGACACUGAGGAUGAGAGCGGCGAGGAGAGUGAGGAAGACAGCGAGGAAGAGAUGGAGGAUGAGCAAGAGAGCGAGGCGGAGGAAGAUAACCAAGGAGAGUCUGAGGCCGAGGGAGAAACGGAGGCCGAAAGCGAGUUUGACCCGGAAAUAGAAAUGGAGGCCGAGAGAGUGGCCAAGAGGAAGUGUCCGGACCAUGGGCUGGAUUUGAGCACCUAUUGCCAGGAAGAUAGGCAGCUCAUAUGUGUCCUGUGUCCAGUCAUUGGGGCUCACCGGGGCCACCAGCUCGCCACUCUAGAUGAAGCCUUCGAAGAACUUAGAAGCAAAGACUCAGGCGGGCUGAAGGCAGCUAUGAUAGAGUUGGUGGAAAGGUUAAAGUUCAAGAGCUCGGACCCUAAGGUGACUCGAGACCAGAUGAAGUUAUUUAUACAGCAAGAAUUUAAAAAAGUACAGAAAGUGAUUGCUGAUGAAGAGCAGAAAGCCCUUCAUCUAGUAGACAUCCAGGAAGCAAUGGCCACGGCUCAUGUGACUGAGAUACUGGCAGACAUCCAGUCCCACAUGGAUAGGCUGAUGACUCAGAUGGCCCAGGCCAAGGAACAACUUGAUACCUCUAAUGAAUCAGCUGAGCCAAAGGCAGAGGGUGAAGAGGAAGGACCCAGGUGGUCCAGGGAAUGUUUAACAUGGAUUCAAGCUUUGAGUAUAGACUGCAGAACAGAGUUUAAAGAAGUCUUAUUAAUCCCCUGAUGAAUAAACAGUGGUGCCAGUGAAGAAGAGGAUACAUGAAGGCUUACCAUUCCCCAUGGAAAAUCACCCCUUCCCCGUGUGUAUGUGACAGCGUGUAUGUAAUGGCUUCUGAUUUCUGUGAAAGCUGCCCAGCAACAAAUGUCCUUCCACUGGAUAUGUCCCUAGGUCCACAGCAGGCACAUAUCUCCAAGGGAUAACCAGUUUAUGCUUACUGGCUGUAUGCUCCUUGUUCUCUUGUGCUAGGUCAAGGAAAAAGCCCCUUUGAUCAAUCUGGAGGGUUCUUCGGGUAGCCCCUCAAUGGCUGCUUUGAACUUCCUCAGGAAAGCCAAUCCCUGUAAUAUUGUGUAAGUCAAUGGUAUCAUUUCCUUAGAAAGAUCUGGAAAAGAAUCAGAGGCUUUUGUCUACCUACAACAGAAAGCCCUUUCUGUUCAUACUGAAGCGUGAAGCAAAUGAGGGCAAAGUGGAGCUGGAUUGUGUAGUUAGUUUCUCAUAGACCAGUUCUACCUUUGUGCAAAGGAAUUAAGGAUGACUGACUUGAAAAUGGGGUUGGAGAAAGAGUUUAACACUAGAAAAAUAGAGAUAUCUUUAGAAUGUGAGGUUAUCCAGAACUUCAGAUUCAUAAUUCACUUCACUGCUAUGGAAAUGAAAAAAAAUCAUUGAAGAGGUAAAAGGGAAAUGAUGGGGUGGUGGGGGCAAAAAAAUCUGGCUGAAACCAGUGUUUCAGAAUUCAGAUUAUCCAAGUUUUCAAGAUGGUCACUAAAGCAUCUGAUAAAACCUGAAUUACUUGGGUGAGCUCUACUGGUUUUAAGGGCUUGUCACAACAUGAAAGACUGGAAUGUGUAUUGCCAAGUGGGAAUUUUCAUUGUAGGAUUUUUCCAGUCCUACCCCCAGGUUAGCGUAAGGUGACUUCAGUGCACUGUGAGAAGAAUUCUUGCCACUCCCUAGCUGGCUGGAUUCAGCUUCAUCUUCUAGCAAACAUUCCUUCCUUUAUUACAACUGGAAUCCUCCCUCCCCGUCCAGCAGACCCUUAGCUUACCUCCCAUAUCCUGACUCUCAAGUAACAGGAGCAGACAUACCUGGAGUUGGAUUCCCUGGCCGCCUUCCACUCCCAGAUCACAGUUUCUUACAACCAAACUUUGACCACCAAGGAAGCAAUUACAUGCCCAAGGAUACCAAACUGUAAACUCGUACACAUGUAUCUUCUUCUUGAAACAUCUGUUUUUCUUAACAAAUGAUUUGAAGUCAGAGGAUAACCUUACUUUUUUCAUAAAACAAUUAUGUUAUGGAAUGGAAUGUUCAUACACUUAAACUGUUAAGAUGAAAUAGGAGACUUGGAAGGUAACAUUUGCUUGCAAGUGGGCACUGUGUUCCCUCUUCUCUGCCUUUUGAUACUUCCAUGUUCACUUUGAAGAAUACUGUUGGAACUGUAUCUAAGCAGCCUUGGAGUUGCUGCUGACCAAGGUCUACACUUGCAGUGCCUCUGAGGCAGAUCCAGGGAGUCUACCUUGGGGGAAAUUGCCCUCUGCCUGCCUACUUGCCUGCCUAUGACCUGUGUACCUAUCACAAAGCUUUAGGACCAAUUAAUUGUGUGUGUGUGUGUGUGUGUGUGUGUGUGUGUGUGUGUGUGUGUUCGUGUGUGUUCGUGUUCUGAGGCAGAAACAACAUGCUUCCUGUAGGAGUCCUAUUUAUAUCUUUGUCAACCCUGUGCAUGCUGUGAAGUUAUUUAUUCCUUUGAGGCCAGGAAGCUGCCAAGCAUGCUUCUAGGUUAGUGUUACCCUAGCUCCCUGCACAUGUAAGGAUACUGGGAUAGAGAGGAGUCUGAACUGUUUAAAAAAUGGUCUUUCUUAAGGUGGGCUUGAUGGCGCACACCUUUAAUCCCAACACUCCAGAGGCAGAGACAGAGGCAGACAGAUCUCUGUGAGAUCAAGGCCAGCCUGGUCUACAUAGCAAGUUCUAGGCCACCUGGGGCUACAGGAGACCCUGUCUCAAAAAAGCAACAACAACAAAAUGCUUUUUCUCAAACUGGUGGCUAGUAAGUGGCUAAGACAAUGUUGAUGCUUACUUAUUCAUGACUGGAGAAUCUAACAUACCACUGGUUAUAGUCUCCAACUAUAUCCUAUAAAGAAGGACCAAGAACCACUCUUGAAAGAAUGUAGACUAUCAGAAGAUUGAAAAGACUUGUCCUUCCACACUAAUCACUGUUUGAUCUUCAAAUGGUAACUGUGUGUUAGUAAUGGACAGAUCAUUGGCUCUCCAUACCUAAUCAUGCUAUUACCGUAAAUCAGUAUUUGGAGAAUCCAUGCAUUUAUGCAGUGGCUAUAAACAUAUAUAAAAAUAUGUGCCAACUGUCUCAGUAAAUUAUCAUAUGUGUGUAAUCCUCAAGGAAAGCGCUUAUGCUUUUACUUAGGAAGGAUUUCAGACUUGCUUUAUGGGCUCCUGCUGUCUUCAGCACCUGAUAAAACUUUAACCAGGGAAACAUUAACCACAGCACAGCAGCUCCUGCCCAGGUUCCUAAGUUCCUGCUGGUAGCAUUUAUCAAUGUUAGAACUAGGAUGCUUCCUACAGUGGCACCAGCUUCCCCACCAGAGUGAGGGUCUGCUGCUUGUCCUUAUGCCCUAUCACCAUAAGGCUUCCCACCUGCCAGGUCAUUGUGAGUUAGAGUGUUCAGUGUUGUGUCCUGACCCGUCUGUGAACAUCAGGAUCUGACUAAAUCCCUAGAGAGAAGUCAUCAAGCGAUAAAGGUAAAUGAAUGUCUCCAGAAUGAGUCAGAUACUCAAAGCAAGUCCUGGCUGCUUUCCAAAUAUUGAGUUUAUGGAUGCUAAGAGGAAUUUGCUCUUUGAUUUGCUAUCAUUAAAUCCAGAGCAAUUCCAAGAAGUGCUUGCCUUCUCAGCUCUGCCAGCCAGGGAAAGGAAGUAGCCUAAGGAGUAACUGUGAGCCAGACCCUCUCUAGAUGUACAGAGGGCAUGUCAUUUGUCUGCAGUUGUCCAGCUAGGAACCAUUGCAGCCAGUUUUGAACCCAGCUUUCCAUGAAUUAUUUUUCAAAGAGAUGUCAAAAUUGCCUUAUCCCCAUGCUUUAGUGAAUGUUGUAAAUACUCACUGCUUACUUGAGCUUGUCUCCAGGAGCUAGGGGAACCUUUCAUUUUUGGUGCCAGCCCUACAAAUAAGAGGCUUUUUGGCCUUCAAGGGUGUAGAAGUUUUCAGAAAUAUGAAGGACAUUCUUCUUUCAAACUUUAUUUUAAAAUACCUGCUUCUUCAUUGUUGUUGAAUAAGAAACCACCAGGUCUGUGCUCUGGGAGAAUGUUCCGGUUCACAUCCAGUGACUCUGGACUCUUCUGCUUACGCUGACACCAUGUGUGUGUGUGUGUGUGUGUCUGUCUGUCUGUCUGUCUGUCUGUCUGUCUCUGUGUCUGUGUGUGUAUGAUAAAAAGUGAGGUGUGUACACACACACUCAUUAAGAGCUAAGGAAAACUCAAAGCAGCGCCUCCUGAUCUUGCAUGCCACCACAGAGGUUUCUUCAGCUUAAUGGAAGUGAAAACUGGGGUAUAGGUGCUGGCUUUCAUAAACUCCCUGGUGGUAGAUGUCCACUCCUAAAGCACUGAGCCACAGUGACAGCCCAGAAGGAAACUGCACUCCAGCCCUUUUCCAACAUGCCUGAUAACCUGGGAAAUGUAGAUGCCUAGUCAUUUUGGUGACUUGACCCAUUUUGGUCACUGCAUUUGGGCCUAAGGAUACAGCUGAAGAACUCAUAACCUUAUAGUAGUCAUGGAGCUUCUGAAGUCCUUUCUCCCCUCAGAAAAAAUGUACCCUUGCUAAUUCCUGAAAAUCUACUCUCACAUAAUAGCUGUUCAGCACACACUUUUCAGUAAAUCAGUUGCAUGCUUACUGUGUGCUGAACACAUCUAGAU